AUGCUUUGUCACACAGAUUUCAGUGAAUCUACUGUGGACCCAGUGGAGCUGUCAUCCAGAGACAGGAGAAGACAGAAGAGGCAACUGAAGAGGCGACUGAAGAGGCAUGUCGGCGUAGACUUUUUCCAGAAACACAAGGGGGCUCUGGAAACACGACUACCGACUGUUCUGGGACCCAUUCUCAACCAGCUGGUGCAGAAGAAGGUUCUGAAAAACACAGAGAGGCAAGAUAUUGAGAGCAAAACAGCCGACUAUCAAAAGAAUGAGUCCUGUGCCAACGGUCACUGGGGCCCUCACUGCAGUAACCGUUGUCAGUGCCAAAACGCUGCCCUGUGCAAUCCCAUCACUGGGGCCUGCGUGUGUUCCGACGGGUACCAGGGAUGGCGCUGCGAAGACCCCUGCGACCACGGUUACUAUGGCAGCAGUUGCCAGCAGCCUUGUCAGUGUCUGAAUGGAGCCACGUGCCACCAUGAGACGGGAGAGUGCCUGUGCGCGCCCGGCUACACGGGAGGCCUCUGUGGGGAUGAAUGUCCCCCUGGUAGCCAUGGCGCCCAGUGUGAGCUGCGCUGCCCGUGCCAGAACGACGGAACGUGCCACCACAUCACAGGGGUGUGCAGCUGCCCUGCGGGGUGGAUGGGGGCAGUAUGUGCCCAGCCGUGUCCAACUGGGAAGUUUGGCAUCAACUGCAGCCAGGAGUGCUCGUGCCAGAACGGAGGAGUGUGUGACCAUGUCACAGGGCGGUGCGUGUGUGCCAUGGGAUACAGCGGAGAAAGGUGCCAAGAGGAAUGCCCCGUUGGCACGUACGGAGCUCUGUGCGCUGAGCAAUGUGCCUGCCAGAACGAUGCCAAGUGUGACCACAUCACCGGGGCGUGCCAGUGUGACGCUGGCUUCAGGGGUCCCACUUGCCAGGACAGUUUCUGCCCGCUGGGGCUCUACGGGCUCGUCUGCGACAAGUACUGCCCGUGUGAUGCCAACAACACGCUCAGUUGCCACCCUCUCUCAGGUGAGUGCACCUGCAUGGCCGGAUGGGCUGGUCUCUAUUGCAAUGACACCUGCCCAGCUGGUUACUAUGGUGACGAAUGCAUGGAGCCCUGCUGGUGUGAAAACAGAGGAGACUGUGACAGCAUCACCGGAGAGUGUAGCUGUGCACCUGGGUUCAUGGGAGAGAACUGCUCCUUAAGCUGUCCUGCAGGGCUGUAUGGAUUAAACUGCUCGUUCAACUGUUCCUGUCAGAAUGAACUCUCCUGCUCCCCUAUCGACGGCUCCUGUCUUUGCAGGGAAGGGUGGCAGGGUGUUGACUGCUCUCUGCCGUGCUCCAGUGGCACAUGGGGUAUGGGCUGUAACCAGAGCUGCGUGUGUUUGAACGGGGCCACCUGCGAUCCUGCAGACGGCUCAUGCACCUGCGCAGCUGGGUGGACGGGGGAAAUAUGUGCUGCCCCAUGUCUUGAUGGCACCUAUGGUUUGGGGUGUGUGGAACACUGCGACUGUCGUCAUGCCAACACGUGUGACCCUGUGAGUGGGCGGUGCCGCUGCCUUGCUGGAUGGACUGGAGUGCACUGUGACAGCGUGUGUGAGGAGGGCCACUGGGGUGCAGACUGCUCCAUGGUGUGUACCUGUAAGAACGGAGGCACCUGCUCGCCAGAGGACGGCUCGUGCGUCUGCACAGCGGGCUACCGGGGCACCUCCUGCAGCCGAAUCUGCACCCCUGGGCAUUACGGUCAUCGCUGUAGCCUGUCCUGCCCCCAGUGUAUCCAUAGUGAUGGACCAUGCCAUCAUAUUACUGGCCACUGUGAGUGCUUGCCAGGGUUCUGUGGCCCUCUUUGCAACCAAGUGUGCCCAGCAGGUAGAUAUGGCAAGGAUUGUGCUGAGGUAUGUGUUUGCACUAAUAACAGCACCUGCAACUCCAUCGAUGGAUCCUGCCAGUGCAACUCAGGUUGGAUUGGGAAUGACUGCUCAACAGAAUGUAGUCCUGGUUUGUGGGGACCUGACUGCAUACACACGUGUAACUGCCAUAAUGGAGCCCAGUGCAGCCCUCAGGAUGGAGGGUGCAGGUGCAGUGCGGGUUGGACCGGCCUCUACUGCACACAGCGCUGCCCGUCGGGGUUUUUUGGAGCUGAUUGUGCUGAGGUCUGUCGCUGUCAGAAUGGAGCAGACUGUGACCACAUCAGUGGCCAGUGUUCCUGCCGGACAGGCUUCAUCGGGACUAGCUGUGAGCAAAAGUGCCCUCCCGGCGCGUUUGGGUACGGGUGUCAGCAGCUGUGUGAAUGCAUGAAUAACUCCACCUGUGACUACGUGACUGGAACCUGCUACUGCAGCACUGGCUACAAAGGCAUCCGGUGUGACCAGGCUGCUCUUGUGAUGGAGGAACUGAACCCCUACACUAAGAUCAGCCCAGCUCUGGUGUCCGAGCGGCAGUCCGUGGGCGCCAUCAUGGGAACGGUCUUCCUGUUAGUGAGCAUCGUGGCCCUGCUGAGCGUCCUCAUGUGGUACAGACACAAACGGCAAGACAAGGGCCACGAGAUGCCCAGCGUCCUCUACACGCCCGCCAUGCACGUCUCCACCACAGACUACUCCCUGUCUGACUCUUCUCCUAGCAGGAGCUCUAGCUACUGUUUCUCCAACCCGGCCUACCACACACUGGGCCCGUGCAACCUUUCUGCUAUGAACAAAGCCAAGGUGAGGACCAGAAGAGCCGACCGGAGCAGCGUGGACUGGAGAGCGUACAGCAACCUGAGUGAACUGGGUGUUUACUACGUGGACCGGCGGUACAGCUCUUUCUUUGUAGAGCAGUACUACAGAGACUACAUGAAGAGCUCCGUGUCGAGCACGUGUUCCCUCAGCAGUGAGAGUCCAUACGCCACCAUCUCAGAGCCUCCAUGCAAACACUCAGAGAGCAGCUACGUGGAGAUGAAGUCGCCCGCCCAUCAACAGCAGUUAUGCUGUGCUAACAUGGCUGCCGCCGCCGCUGCCGCUGCCACUGUCACUGUCACCACCAACAGAAACGUCUACAACACCGAGCCCACUGUGAGCAUCUUAUCCCCAUGUGGAGGUAUCAGCUCAGGAAUUUUCCAGAGUCCAUACGACCUCCCACGGAACAGCCACAUCCUGAGUCACUAUGACCUUCUCCCCAUGCGUACCAGUCCCCCAGGCCCCGGGAGCCCCUCCAGCUCGCUCCUAUAGAGGACAGAGGCACCUACUAUAGAGGACAGAGGCACAUGCUAUAGAGGACAGAGGCACAUGCUAUA